AUGGGCACCAUUCCUUACGGACACUCCUCUUGUAUUUAUGGUUUUACAAUUAGCCAGAAUGUGAUUCAAUUAUUUGUACACAUGCUCAUACCAGGUCCUUAUUCCUAUGCAAGAAGUGCAUUUCAUUGUGUCGUUUCGAUCCUUCUUGUGAUGAUCCUCUUUCGACUAGUACCCUUUUUGAAACGAGUGGGGAACUCGAUGGUUGCCUUUGGAUUUGGAACUCGAUUCGGAGGAUCUCUCGGUACUCUCAUUUCUCAAACGAUCGUUCAAUCCAUUGCAAUUCCUUUGAAUGCAUCCUCUCCUGGUGAGCAAGAAAAUCCUCCCUUAUUGGGUCUCUCCUUAAUGAUCCUUGCUCUUGCCAUUCUGUUUGGUUUGAUGUGUGCCAUUGGGAUGGAAAUUUAUACACGUUACAGUUUGCACAUGAUUCGAAGUGCAUUGGUUGAAUUCAUAUCCAACAUGCCUGCCUCACAACCAUUCACAACAACAACAACAACAGAAACAACAACAACCCAUCAUUCAGAACGUACCACGUGCAAGGAGGAUGCCAGUGAUGACAGAGAUUCAGCCAUACAAGCACAAGAUCCAACUCUCUAUACCAAAAGGUUGGAAAUGAGUGCCAUUUACUUUUAUCAAACCAUUGAAGAAGAACAUUUGAAGAAAGCAUUACACAUGUUUGUUCGAUUCUCACUCAUGUCCAACUCUCAUACUUCUUUUUCAGAUGUCAAUCUCUUAAUCAUGUUUUCAUCCAUCAUUUCUCAAGUGAAUUCUUUGGACCUUAAUGCUCAAAUGUUUGCUCAAAGUUUGUUAAAGAAAGCAAAGAGGAAGAAACCCAAUCUCUUUUACAAGUACUUGAUCACCAUUAAAAAGAAAGAGAUUUUAAUGAAUGAGAAUGCACAUUCUUUUGAGCUUCAAAAUUCAAUGGAUGAAUUGGAGGCAAAGCAAGAUCUAUUACGAGCAUUACAUAAGGAUGUUUGGAAAGAAUUAACAAAUGAGGUGAUUAUCAUGUACUCGAAGCAACCAUGUUAUUCAUCGGAUAAGAAUAUCGUCAAAUCGUAUGCAAGGUUUUUGGAAAGUUUCAUGUUCAAUAAGGAAGAAGUCACCGAGUUGUACUCUGAAUCCAUGAAAUUACAAGCUGAAGAAUCCACAAAAUCUAAAAGAAUGGAACGUUCGAGAGAAUUUAUAAACAAACUAAAAUCCAACAACAAGAUUGUUCCAACACUCCAAGGAUUGAACGUUCGACAAAGCUUUUCCAAAAUCAUUGAAAAACAGGAUCUUGUUGAAUGUAGUGAUGUUGGAUCUGUAUUCUCAAGAGAAGCAUUUGAUGGAAUUGAAAACAAGAAUGACUCAUAUCGACAACAUUUGCUAAUUCCUCACCCAACGACUUUUAGAUAUUUCAUGUUUGGAAUAUUUGUGACGCUCUCCAUCAUUUUUCUCAUUGUCACAUUAUCCAUUUCAAUUUACUUUUCUAAUAUUGUGACCAAUGAUGUGAAUUUAGUACUUGCUGAUUGUGCUCCAGUCACUGUCAAUGGUCAAACUGUAUUACAUGUGAGAAGCUAUCAAGCUCAUCUCUAUUUAUUUAGUAAUUCUUCGAAAACGUGGCCAACAACCAUGACCAAGUUUGGAUUUGAUUCUUUUGAAGAAUACAAACAGUUUCGCGAUCAAUCUUUAAGAGACAAUCUUCAAGUAUAUUAUGAUAUCAAGAAUAAUGCAAACAGUGGGAGAUUCUCCAUUCCUCUCUACUCAUCGUAUCAUGAAAAGUAUUAUCCACUUUACAAACCACAAUUAGUUCAGAAUUCUGAAAAUGGAACUUUUCACUUUACUGGCCAUGCCUUUAAUGAUUUUUGCAAUGUUCACUUUCACUAUUCCAUUGAAAAUGGAAGAAUGAUUGAGAAUAUUUUCUAUGGAGUCUAUUUCUUGUGCUUUUUGAUUUACUUGAUCUUUUCCAUUUCCUUUUUAGUAUACGUUUCAAAAGAUUUGACUUUUGCCACAGCUCAAUUCAAACUCUUCCAGAAUACCAUUUCUAAAAACUAUAUUGGGAAAUUUUAUUACAAGCUUAGCACCACUGUCUCAAGGAAUCAACUCGCUGUCAAGACAGAAUACAGCAAACUCUUCAAUCCUCGUGUAAUGGUCAUGAGCAUGUCUAUCUUCAUUGUCAGUUUCACCAUGAUUAGUGCAGGCCUAUUCCUUCAAGAAAUGUUAAGCAAUGGAUUAUACAGUCGUCAAACGGCAGAUGAAACUCUUGUGCUUGGAAGAUAUCAAGAUGUUGAUCAAAUCAUUAAGGGAGAACCUAAUUGUACCACACAACAAGUGAUGAAAUAUGAUUUGAAUUGUACUUCAAGUUUGGAUAUGGAAGUUGCUGAGACGAUGGACAUGGUUUUGAAUUUGAAUCAACUUUCCAUCAAGAAAGAUCCUGUUGUCCAUGAACAAUUCAUUAAGUCCAUGCUCUAUUUGGAUCGAGUGUCCUAUCGAUUGAUUCACUUCUCUGAAAAAUUGGCCAUCUAUGCAUCAGUUCCUCGUUUUGUGCUUGCUCCCCUUUUUGGAACCUUGUCGUUCGUGAUCUUGUUUGGAUUUUCAUUGGGCAUUUUGAGAGUGUUCAUGUCCUAUUCGAAUGCUGUCAAUUUCUUGAGAAUGAUGAUUAAUUAUGUUCCUAAAGAAGUCAUUGACUCGUCCGAAGCUUUGAAGAAUUAUCUCUUUUUUCACACGAUUGAAAAGUCCAAUAAGAAUUUUGUGGAACAACAAAUUCACAAACUCACACAUGCUAACAAAGAAUCAAAUUCUCAAAUGGAUCUCUCCAUUGUUCACUCGAUUAUCAACGCCUCUAUUGAUGGUGUUGACAUGUGUGUGAAUAGUACAGAUAUUGAUGCUUUUAAUCCUGUGGCUCAAUCCAUGUUUGGAUUUGCAGUUUCAGAAAUUGUUGGAAAAAGUGUAUUUGAAUUAUUCGAUGAAGAAGUGAUUCCAAGAAUGCAAAAAUCAAUUGAAAAAUGUAUUCGUAAAAACAAAACACGUUUUCCAGCAAAAAUUAGUAUUUAUUUGGUGACACAUGGCAACAAGGAAAUUGUGGUUUGUUUCAUUAAUGAUCAAACUUCAGAAAAGAAAAGAAAUGCUCUCUUACAAGAGGAAAAGAAACAUUAUGAAGAAUUACUGUUAAACAUUUUACCUUACUCUGUGGCCAAUCAACUCAAGAAUUCAUCGGGUGACAAACUCAUUGCUGAAGAGCUCAAUGAUGUGACUGUGUUUUUCAGUGAUAUGGUCGGCUUCACAUCCAUGAGUAGUACCAUGAACCCAACUGAGCUUGUAACUCUCUUGAAUGAAAUUGUUGUGGGAUUUGAUCUUUUAACAGAAAAAUAUAAUUCAGAAAAGAUUAAAACCAUUGGAGAUGCAUACUUUUGUGUUGGAGGUUUACAUGAUGCUCAAACGGAUCAUCCAGAACGAAUGUGUAAAUUUGCAUGUGAAACCUUUGGCAUAUUGCGAGCUUACAAUCAGAAACGUUUCGGUCAAUACAUUCAAAAGAAAUCCUCACUCUCUGCCAUAAUGAGUAAUAGUCUUCCAAUGAAACCACCUCUCAUGCGAACCUCUCCUUCUUCUUCUUCAUUCUUACCAGAAAGACCAUCACUGAAAACCGGUUCUGCUUCUCAUGCUUCACUUCAAUGGUCUUCUAAUGUCAUGGAAGAAGUGAACGGCAAUCGUAACAGUGGUAAUAUUGGAGGUAAUAUGAGUGGUUCUACUACUCGAUUCAGUCUUGAUAAAACCUUAGAAAGCAGUACAUCAAAUCUUUUCGUAGGCAUGGAAAAACUUUCUCCUCCCAUUCAAAUUAAUAUUCGAGUUGGAAUUAAUAAUGGAAAAUGUGUGGCAGGUGUCAUUGGCUGA